AUGAAGAAGGAGGUGAAAGCUAAUCACUUGCACAUUGUCAACGACCAAGCUGAGAAGGCUUUCCAAGAGCCUGAUGUCAGCAGCACCAAAGUUCACUGUGAAUUGUGGGCCACGAAGAACAACUGUCUCUGCAUUCCGAAAAACCAAGCUCUUCUCACCAAGCACUCAGCACUCUACAUACCACGCGAGAUCGCUCUCCGGAUCCAUCUCCAAAGCCGUAAAGCCGCUCCCCAGGAACCUGAAUCUGUUCGAGCUAUUAUACCGAAUAUCAAAGUGUUCAGUCCUAAGAUCGCCCAGAAGACGUUUGUAGAGCAUCCCAUCUCCCGCGAACAAAGCAGUGACUCUUCCAUUCUUACGACCGCGUUUAUACCAACUGGUGCAGUCUGCCGGUCAUAUCACACCAGCUCAUCAAUCACUCGCGUGUUCAGCACAAAAGAUUUGAUAUCUUCCAUGGCCAGGCCAGCUUCGUCAAAUGGAGCACCCGCUCCUGGGAAGAACAACUCGCGGUCUUCGAGGGAGCUGUGGCAAGAUCGCCAAAAUAAGAGCGCAUACAUCGUGAUAAGAACCCUUGGAGUCGGUCGUGGAGCCGGCGACCCGCUGAUGCAUUUAGAUGAUCGGGCCUCCAUCGUCAUUCUCAUUGCCCUGCCAUCACUAAUCUUCAUGAUCAGACCCUUUCAGCAGACCUAUCAAGCCAAGCACGUGCUAGGUCUACGUGGCGGAUGUACCGGCACUUCUGUCGAUACCGAAUUUGGCAGCAAUCUCUGUCUUCAAGCCAAUGCCACCGGUGCAGAGUGGCUCCAAUCGACAGGCGCCAAGCGUGCGACUCAAGACAAUUGCACCGAAACUGCCGUUAACGAGCUGAGGAUCGGGAGUCGAGCGUUCGCAAUAUUCCAAGACCAUGUGCCAGAGGACAUUUCCCAACAGAUGCUUGCAUUCUUUGAAAAUGGGACGGAUCCUACAGGCGGCGGAACCGACAUUCCAGCUUCUUUUCUGCCAUAUGAAGUUCUUGGGUAG